AUGCCCGAUCCACAAUCUCAAUAUACGCUCACGGAGGAGCAAAAGCAGCACUGGCUUGAUUAUGGUUUUAUAAAAGUCCCUCGGUGCUUCACUCGCGAAGCAGCCGCAGAGUUCACCUCCUCAGUUUGGACUCGCCUGGGCGUCUCACCAGAUGACAAAACUACAUGGACGCAGGAGAAGGUGAACAUGCCCGGUCACACGAUGAUCAGCGUGGAAAGUUUUGCGCCCAAAGCUUGGCAUGCCAUCUGUGAGCUCGUUGGUGGAGCGGAUCGGGUAGCUGACUGGUGCAAAGACUGGAAAGAUGGUUGGAUUGUGAAUAUGGGGAAGCCGGAAUAUAACCCGGAAGAUGCGUUAGAUCUUCGAUCUUUGAAUGACUGGCACAAUGAUGGCGACUGGUUUGUUCAUUUCCUGGAUAGCCCCGAGCAGGCAUUAUUGGUUAUUCCAUUGUUCAGUGAUAUUAAGUCUAAGGGUGGUGGGACGGCGAUUUGCACCGAAGGCAUUGGACUGGUUGCCCAAUAUCUGUAUGACCACCCCGAGGGGACGUGGCCGUCCCUCGCCUCUCAUAAUGUCCCAAAUACUCCCAGCGAAGGACCAAACCUCUGGACUGAAUGGGCACAUUCUUCAACGCAUACAAAAAAUGAUUCCUUUCACGAAGUUACUGGGGAAGUGGGGGAUGUCUUUCUUCUCCAUCCAUUUAUGCUACACUCUGCUUCUCGGAACCUCCGACGUGACGUUCGCAUUAUUACCAACCCACCAGUGGCCCUCAAAGAGCCCUUCAAUUUCAACCGUGUGGAUGGUCAGUAUAGUCUGAUUGAGCAAAAGACUUUGAGGGAUUUGGGUAGGCCCGAGGGUCUACCUGAAUGGAAAAUCACGGGCUCGAGGGAGCUGAUCACUCCACGCCGUAUAGAGAGACAAUCACGGAUGGCUCUUGAGGAACUGGAACGGGUGAAACUGUCAGGCGAACCUAUCACCAAGCUGGCUGGCGCUAAACAUGUGGAGUACUACCCGUCAUGA